AUGCGGGGCUGCGAGGUCUCCCUGGUUCUUUUAGCCCUGGUCCUCGGCGAAGCGCCCCGCGGGACCGCGGCUCCUGUGCAGUCAAUUGAUUUGGGGAACCCGAUGGCCAAGAUAUACCCAAGAGGGAACCACUGGGCUGUAGGGCAUUUAAUGGGAAAAAAGAGUACCGGAGAUUUCCCUUUUACCUAUGAAGGAAGAGACAAGAUACCACUUUCACCAGUGAUACCCGACAGUUCCAAGCAGCUUAGUGAAUACCUGCAGUGGGAAGAAAUGGAGAAGAAUUUCCUGCCAUUGUUAGAAGGAAAGGGUAGCAGAAGCAGUCGGCUACUUCGGCAUGGGCUCCUGGGCUACCCUCAGCCUACUGGGGACUUAGAAGAUGACGAUGGCACUAAAGAUAUGGUGGAAUCCUUACUUCAGGUUCUCAACAUGAAGGAAAGCAUCCUGAGUUGAACUGAAGAUGGCCCCCUUGCAAAGAAACAAUAUCCUUAAGAGACUGUGGUCCGCAAGCAUUGACUGUAUCAGAUGACAGUGAUGUUACCUUUGUGUAAACAAGAUUUCUUUUGUGUGAAACAUGUCACUAUUCUUGUAUCCUUCCAUCUUGACUAAAUCCAUGUUUUUCAAGCAGCACUUUGUUUGAACUGCUUUGCUGUAAAUAAUUGUUGAGGAAGGGUCUUUCAAUCUUCAU